AUGAUGAGUAACAAUCAAUUUAAGCUCAUUGUUAGUUCCGAAAUGGAUUACAGGAAUCUUACCAGGGCCAUGAAUCGAACUGGACCAGAAUGGGAUACCUAUGAAAAACCAGCCAGAUCAAUAAAAGUCAUGGUAAGGAAUCUUCAACCCAGUUGUGAAGAGGAAGAUAUAAUAGAAGAUUUAAGCUCUAAGGGCUACAAGAUCUUAGAUUCAGUUUACAUAAAUUUAUCUGUUUCUCAACCACCAGACUAUUAUAAUAAUAUUGAUGAAAUUCUUGAUUCGGUCAAGGAAAAUAUUUCUCCUUAUCAACAUGGUUUCAUGAGAGGUAGAUCCACUACUUCUAAUUUAUAUGUUUUCUUGCAUUCAGUACAUAACGCAGUUGCACGAGGUUUUCAGGUCGAUGACCGGAUUUUACUACUUACAAAUGAUAGUGGUUUUGAUAUGGAUUGUUCUUUCUUAUCAUUUGCUGAUGAAACUAAAAUAUUCACAGUUAUUACUUGUUUAGAUGAUUGUUAUAGGCUUCAACUAAAUAUUGAAAGAUUUUAUAAAUGGUGUUCCUUAAAUGGCUUUAUAUUGAAUAUUGAAAAAUGUAAAAUAAUGAGAUUUUAUAGAACGAAAAGUUGCUUUGAUUUUAAUUAUAAUCUGAAUAACUCUCUUUUAAAUGUGGUUGAUGAAACUAAAGAUUUAGGUGUAGUUCUUGAUCGUAAGCUCACUUUUAAUGCUCCCAUUGAUUUCAUUAUAUCUAAGGCGUUUUCUAUGCUUGGUUUUAUCAAGCGGAAUUGUUCUCAAUUUUGUGAUCCGUAUACUUUCAAAAGCUUGUUUACAUCAUUAGUUCGUCCACAUCUUGAGUAUGCCGCACCUAUAUGGAUGCCGUCCUACACUAAACAUAUUAAACGUAUUGAAUCAGUACAGAAAAAUAUGGUUAGAUUUUCUUUACGCAAGUUUAUUUGCGAGAUGAAUGCUACUGGCUACAUUGCCAAAUGUAAGUUAAUAGACAUUCAAACUCUUGAAUCUAGACGUAAUGUUGCAUCAGUUAUAUAUUCUUACGAUAUUUUGUCUGCGAGAAUAAAUUGCCCGUUUAUUUUAAAUUUGUACAAUAUUUAUGCGCCAAUUCGUAAUGUAAAAGCUCGUCGUGUUUUAUAUUUAGAUUCCCACCGAACUAACUACGGCUUUUCAGAGCCUAUAGCAAAUUCUCAACGUUUACUAAAUGUUUGUGCUUCUCAGAUCGAUUUCCAUUAUAACAGAGAUAAGCUUAAAAGAGAAAUCACCAAGUUUUUUCAUUAA